AUGGCCAUUCCCAUUGCGGGGCGACCGAAGCUCAAGACCGCAUUCAAAAAAGCGCGUACCGUUCCCCCGCUGUACACGGGAGGACCCGUUGCAGUUCUUCCAGAUGGACAGAGACUCGUGACUUGUACUGGAGAAGAAUUGUUGUUGACUGAGGUGUCGACGGGCACCCAAAUAUGCACCUUUGCGGGUGAUACACAAUCGGUAACAUCGAUAUGUAUUUCCCCCUCCUCGACCCACCUUCUCGUUUUUACUUCCUCGCUUUCCCUUCGUAUCUUCGAACUUCCACGGUCGCUAGAUACCCUCGAAAAACCCGUUCAGCCAAUCCGCGUCAUAGCCAAAGCCCACGACGCCCCGGUCCACGUCUGUAAAACUGACCCCACAUCCACUUACCUCGCCUCUGGCUCUGCGGAUGGCGUCGUCAAAGUAUGGGACAUCCUUCGUGGAUACGUAACACAUGUAUUCAAGGGCCAUGGGGGCGUGGUGAGCGCCCUGACGUUCAACUUCCCCCAGGACCCGUCUGUAAGCCAAAGAACCCAAAUGCAGCUUAUUACUGCGUCCGUAGACACUCGUAUCCGGAUUUUUGAGCUCUCAGAGACUUCCCGAGCAACUAGCAAAGCGGGUGCCGUGCUUGAAGGACAUGUUUCCGUACCUCGGGGUCUGGACGUGUCUUUGGAUGGGAAGUGGCUGGUUAGUGGGGGACGAGACUCGGUCGUUCUUUUAUGGGACCUUUCGUCGUUGAGUCUUGUCCACUCUAGUGGCAAGCAAAAAGGGAAGGGUAAGGAAACUGUUCCUCGGCUAUUGAAGACGAUCCCGAUUCUCGAAAGAGUGGAGGCGGUCGGGUUGUUGCAUGAUGAGGAUUUGACUGGCACUUCGUCAGGUCCCAAGAAUAUACGCUUCUAUACUGGAGGGGAGAAUGGUGUCGUAAAGAUUUGGGAUGCGAGGGAGGGCAAUGUGUUGUUUACUCUAGGGACGGAGCAUUCUCACAUUUCGGUUGACCAAGAAGAGCAACGCCAGAUUGUUGACGUCCAAUAUAAUGCAGCGACAUCGACCCUUGUUUCUGUCCACGCCGAUCAAAAUAUCCUAUUCCACUCCCUCACCUCGCACUCCUUGACCCGACAGCUCAUUGGGUACAAUGAUGAAAUUGUUGAUGCUACAUUCCUUUCUCCCCUUGGAUCCUGCAAAGACUCCCACCUGGCCAUCGCGACCAACUCUUCCCUCAUUCGGGUAUAUUCAACCUCGUCCCUCGAUGCUCGCCUGCUAGAAGGACACAAAGAGAUCGUUCUGUCCGUCGACCACAGUGCCGAUGGGCGUGUCUUGAUCAGCGGAAGCAAGGAUCGUUCCGCGAGGAUAUGGGCGCCCAGCACAUCAGAUGAGGUGUACCGUUGUGUCGGCCUAUGUGAAGGUCACGCCGAAAGCGUCGGGGCCCUCGCCAUGUCUCGCAAAGCCGACGAGACGGACUCCUCCCCUAAGCUACGAUUCAUGUUUACAGGCAGUCAAGACCGGACCAUAAAAAUGUGGGAUCUUUCUCUGGUGUCGUCUACGUACGUAGAGGGAUCGGAUGUCGUUCGGUGCAAGAGCCUGUUGACCCUGAAAGCGCAUGAGAAGGACAUCAAUUCUCUAGAUGUGGCUCCAAAUGAUCGUAUGCUUGUGUCAGGGUCGCAGGAUCGUACUGCGAAGGUGUAUGCGAUUGAGUACAGUGGUACAAGUGGGGGGCUGAAGCUCUUGGGUACAUGCAAGGGUCACAAGCGGGGCGUGUGGAGUGUCAAGUUUGGUCGGGCUGAGAGGGUGCUUGCCACAGGAAGCGGAGACAAAACUGUCAAGCUGUGGAAUUUGGACGAUUUUUCGUGUGUCAAGACUUUUGAAGGCCAUACGAAUUCUGUCCUGAGGGUUGAUUUCUUAAACUUUGGGGCGCAGUUGGUCAGCGCAGGGUCUGAUGGAUUGGUGAAGGUGUGGAAUGUCAGGGAGGAGGAAUGUAUGGUGACUUUGGAUAAUCAUGAGGAUAAGGUCUGGGCUUUAGCCGUAAGGGCCGAUGACCAAACUAUCGUUUCCGGAGCCGCAGAUUCUGUCAUUACCUUUUGGCAAGACAGUACUGAGGAGGAAGAGGAAGCCAAGGAGUUGAAGAGGGCUGAUCUAGUCCUAAAGGAACAAGAUUUUACAAACUACAUAUCACUGAAAGACUACCGCCGGGCUAUUGAGCUCGCCCUGGCGAUGGAGCAGCCGGGUCGAUUGCUGACCUUGUUCAGGGACGUGCGAUCAUCUCUGGAUGAAACAGCAGGGUCGGUUUCGGGGAAUGCCUCGGUGGACCAGGUGAUCCGUACGCUCUAUGGGUCAGAUCUCGCCAAGCUCUUGCGGUACGUCCGGGACUGGAAUGCGAAUGCAAAGAUGAAUGACGUAGCGCAAGGAGUGCUGUUUGCCAUCGUCAAACUGAGGCCGACAGAGGACGUGAGCAAGGCGUUCCAGGUGGAUUUUGGGCAAGAGGAUGGGAAGGGCAGCACGGCGCUGAAGGAGCUCAUAGAUGGGCUGAUACCGUAUACGAAGCGACACCUUUCGCGAAUGGAGAAGCUGGUUCAAGAGAGCUACAUGGUGGACUACAUCUUGGGCGAGAUGGACGAUGGGAUGUUCGAUGGAGACGAUGGUAGCAUGGAUGUCGACGAAUCGUUGUAUGUAUAA